UGACCUGACCGUUUUAACUGUUGGUCUGUUAGCAUUUUAGCUCACCUUUGUAUCAGUGAGUAGCUUUACCUGGACUCACCUGUACAGGUGAGGCCUGAUUGGCUGGAAUGGACCAAUCACUGUCCAGUGGGCGGGGUCAUGUGAGCGUACUUAGUUGUUUCCCGCCUGGCGUGGGGAAAGAUGUUGCUGUGGCUUUGGUAAAGCCCCUGAGAGCUGGCCUGGGAAACCCUGAUACCCGCAGCCUGCUCCGCACAGACAGUCAGGUGAAGUGGACAAUGGAGGUGUUGUGUUACGGUUUGACUCUGCCAUUGGACGGAGACACAGUCAAACACUGUGUGGAUGUGUACACUGAUUGGCUGAUGGCGCUGGCUUCCCCGAGAGACUCCAUCCCUCUACCAAUCAUCAGAGAGCCCAACCUUUACGUCCAGAAGAUCCUCAGACACCUGUGCAGCCUGUUCCUGCCUAGGUCAGACCAGGUGAGCGCGGUCUACCUGUCUCUCUGUCAGCAGGUGUUGUGUGCAGUUCAGUCACUGGCCAGAGAGAGCGCUGUGAUGAGCAGAGACACCUGGGAGACGCUGCUGCACUUCCUGCUCCGCAUCAACCAUGUAAUGCUGGCUCCGCCCACCUCUGCAGGCAGUCUGUCAGAUCAGCUGUCAGAGCUGUCGAUGGCGGUUCUGUUUGAGGUCUGGUUGCUGUCUUGCUCUCGAUGUUUCCCUUCUCGCUCUCUGUGGCAGACAGGCAGACAGAUGUUGAGCAGCUGGAGACAUCAGCCUGCCAUGGUGGAGCAGUGGUGUCGGGUCGUCUCCGCUCUGACCUCCAGAUUGCUGCUGCUGACGUUCGGCCCGUCCUUCCCUCAGUUUAAAGUCCCAGAUGAAGACGCAGCUCUGAUCCCUGCUGACAUGGACGAUGAACGAGUCUCUCACACCUGGUUCAGAUUCUUACACCUGCUCAGUAACCCAGUGGACAUCAGUCGCCCGACAGCUCCUGGUUCAUCUCCUUCCUCUCUGGAGGAGACUUCAAGAGGAGACAGUCAGCUGCCGAACAUCUUCUUCAGAGCCAUGAGAGGAGUCAGCAUGCUGGUGGACGCCUUCCUGGGUGUAGCUGUGGCCGACAGAGAGCCAACAGAACAACUGCUGUCACAAGCUGGAAUAACAUCGCGGACUAAUUUCAGAGAUCGGUUGCCUUCUCUUGGAGUUUCUGUGAGCAAGAGCCCGUUCAGAGACCGCAUCCCCUCCUAUGGUCUCUCUCGCCCUCGUUCUGGCAGUGCCCCGCCCACUCCAGUGAACGUACUCAGCCUUCCCACUGCCCCGCCCUCCUCCACCAGCUCCCCCCCCACACACAUCAAACGACUGAAAGCUGUCAACGUUUCCAAGGCAACAAGCAAACCUCCAGUGGUGUCCUCAUCCCAACAUCCCUGGAGGGCACCCACCUGUCCUCCUCCCUUCUGCCCACCUCUAUACUCCUCCCCCCGACCAUCUCCCUCCCCUCUCAGGUGUAAUGUUGACUCUCUCCUCCACCUGUUUGGCUCCUGGCUGUUUGAUGCUGCUCUGGUCAGCAGAGACCCUGGUCUACCUGGUGAUCAUUGUGAUGUCAUUGGGAUGUCAGAGAGGUGGGCGGCUGGACAAGCCGAGGCCUGCGGGACAAUCUGCAGGAUAUUAACCUGUAAGAAAACCGCAGAGGACAUCCUGCCAGUCUACCUGUCCAGGUUCUACCUGGUUCUCCAGCAGAGUCUCAAGGUGCCUGAGGAGGCAUGCCCCCCUGUUCUUGCCUCCAUCCUGUUGAACUCUACCUCUCUGUUCUGCUGUGACCUGAGAGGAGUCAACGUGCUGCUCCCCACCUUCAUCUCCACUUUGGAGAGCGUGCUGCUCGACAGGGAACUGCUGAGAUUUAAGGGUUUUGUGAACCAGGUGGAUUUGAGGCGAGGUUCAAUCCUCAUCCUGCUGUCCCUGCUGCCUCUUCCACUGCACUUCCCUUCUGUCCAAUCACAGAUGCUACUGGACAGGCGGCUCAGUGGUGAUCACAUCACAGCAGCUAGCUUCCUGUCCCUGAAGCCUCGCCUCAUCAGUGUCCUGAUGGGAGCUCUGCAGACGGAGACAGACACCUUCAACACACAGAUCAUCCUCUCGGCCAUGUUGAACCUGGUUCAGGACUCGGCUCUGUUGGAGGCAGCAGGACAAAUCCAGCAGAAAACUGAAUCCCAGCGCAGAGGAGCCAUACCAAAUAAAUGGAGCAGAGGAAACGUCCAGUCAGGCUCAGCGGGGAUCCUCUGGGUUCAGUUUGUCCGCCUGCUGACUCAGCGUCUAUCGGCUCAGUGGAGGAAUGACUCAGCACUUUGUCUGUCAGUACUGGAAGUGCUGGGAGGACUGGCCAAGGUGCAAGUGAGCGUGGAGGAGAACGAGAGGAGGCGAGCGCUUGGAUUGAUCUGCAGUCACAUCGUGUUUCAAUGCAGUCGUCCUCCUCCGCUUCACUCCAGAGAUCUGCACUCAAUCAUUGUAGCUGCUUUCUACUGUCUAAACGUCUGGUUAACGCAACAUCCAUCAAUGCUCCACAAGCAGGAGAGUCUGUUGGAGGUCUUGGAGAUUGUGGAGUUGGGGAUUUCAGGCAGUAAGUCCAGACAGGAACAGGACGUGAAGUGUAAGGAGGAGAAGGACUUCAACCCGGCUUCUCUGAGGGUGAAGGACGCGGCUGAGGCCACGCUGAGCUGUGUUAUGCAGGUUUCAGGGGCUUUCCCUUUCCUCAGGAUCCUGGCGGUCGAGGGCACUCAGAUUAGCUGCUCCCCCUCGAGUGACAGCAGUGUGAAGAAGUUCAGAUAUUUUGUGGUGGACGGCUCAGUGAUCCUGGCCUUUCUGGAACAACCACAGGGACCUGAACCAGAACCGUCACUCAGAGUUCUGAUCAGAGGACCAUCAGGAUGUCACACCUGGACUCUACAGCAACACCUGCAGCCCAGAGAAGGAAGAACACACACUCAGCAGAAAACUCUGAGCCCAGAACCUGGUGCUGCAGCCCAGGAGGAUGCUGGGAUACGAUGUGACAUCACACAUCAGCUGCUGCCCGAAAGCAUAGACACAGUGGCCACAGUGAAAGCAGAUCUAAGUAUUCCAGAUCUGCAUGAAACUGUUAGCAUUGAGGUGCAGAAGCAGCUGGAGUGUGUGAGAGCAGCUUUGAAGAGGUGCAGACAAGUCGAGGCUUGGCCACAGGUGAGCAAGCAUCCACCCGUCAUGACUACCAAUAAGCUCCCACCACUUGCAACCAAGUUUCAGACGGCAAGACUCUUCCUGUCACACUUGGGCCUGCUGACACCUGAGACCCUGAAGGAUUCAGGGACUGGCACGGUCUUACCUGAGCUGGUGUCUCUGGACUCAUCUCUUCCAGGUUUCACGGACGAACUGAGACGUUUGGAUCACCUGCCGUCCAGAAACUGUGACUGUGCCUUUGUUUUCUACAUGAGAGCAGGACAGAAGACAGCUGCUGAGAUCCUAAAUAAUGUGGAGUCCAGCAGUAGCGUCACUUCUCACUUCCUGGACUUCCUGUUGUCUCUUGGUUGGCCAGUGGAGGCGGGGCAUCGGCAGGUGUUAAACACACAAAGGGCAGAAUUCCCUGCUGUGCUCGGUGACAGUGGAGGGGGCGUGUUCAACGGAGAGAAGUUUGUCUUGAUGUAUGCAGACGCGCUUACAGAAAUCACCUUCAUCAUCCCAUCAUCAACAUCAUCAUCAUCACCACAAAAGAGUGUUCGGUCAAAGAGUCUGCAGGGUCUUUUUGGACUGAGCCCAAACUCCACCCCCCAGCCAGUGAGCCCCUCGGUUGAUGAAAUGAAAUCUUUUCCAUCUGUGUCAUCGUCAGUUGGCUCUGAGUCUAAACCACUGAUCAUAUGGGUCGAACGCUUCGAAGACAUCGAUAGUUUCCCUUUGUCUGAUCUGCUGUUAGAGAUAAAGACUGAAACACCAACAAGUGUGUCAAACGUCCAGCUGAUCUUCAUCCAUCCUCUCAAAUCUGGACUGUACCGGCUGUGUUUUCAUGGAAACCUUGCAAGCAAGUUCAAUUUGAUCAUCCCAUUGGUCAACGGGAGCGUGGUCAGCAAGAGGUCUCUGGGGUUCUUGGUCAGAGAGACUGUUAUCAACUAUAGCCAUCGAAGACGAUUGGAGAGUGACUCCGCCCCUCCGCCCCAUGUCAGAAGGAAACAGGUGAUCAGUGACAUCAUCGCUCGUUACCGCAGCCGCUGCUCUGAACCCACCUUCUACUCUGCGUUGUUCCAGGACCCCUGAGCAUCCUGAGCUUACAUCAUUCGUCUUAAUUUCAAUAACCAUUCGUUUUAUAGUGACUGAACUGAAAAAUCACAGCAUGUAUAUUAAUUUUGUAUUUCUCUGAGCUUUUUAGGAAGAUUUUACUUUCUGAUAUUCCUCUAAAUGCCAAUAAAGAAUACAAUUAGAUAUUUUUCAUUUUUAUAAAGGAGGAUGUGUGAUUUAGUAAUUAAUGUCACAAUGUGACAAAAAUCUCUUAAAUUGACUUGAAAGAACUAAAUAAGAUUUUUGGUAUUUAUCUUUUUUUCAGCUUUGGAGAGGAGAGGUAAAUGCUUCAAAAACUUUUAAACUUGCUACCAAAAUAUUUUUCCUUUAAUUUUUAUCUGUUAUUAAUUUUGUUCACACUAUUUCUCCUUAAUUUAGCUUAUAAACUUGAUUAAAGCUGGGUUUGGUAGUCAGAUUUAGAUACACUUUUUAUUUUAGUGGGUAAAAUGAUCUGUGUGUCCCGAUGGCAAUCAAUACAUAAUGUGUUCUUAAA